CACAUUCGUUCAGUAUGUACUCGUAUCUCAUCGAACACUGCUCGCUCUCCAAUAAAACACUUAAAACAAACAAAAAAACAAAACAUAUUUCUAACCCACAGAGGAGAUACGCUCCGGCUCCGGCGAUCUCAUCGAACCAAACUCAGUCGGUUUAAUUCAGUCAAGUUCGGUGUUUGUAUGAAAAACGGGCGCAUGCCACAAUGAGCUGCUACUACUCCACUUAGCGAAGACACAAGAACGAAAAAAAAUAACAGAAAAGAAAAUCAAUUGAAGUGAAAAAAUUACAAUAAAGAGUCAUUGAAAAGAAAGAAAUCAACAACAAAUGAAUUGAAUUGAAGUGAAUUUAGCUUACAAAAGACACCCUCCCCACACAAAUCGGGAGAUAAAAGAAUUUCAAGCACAAGCAACAACAACAAGUAAGAAAAGUGUAUAGAAACGCGAAACACUUUGGAAUGUACGAUUUCUGCUUGGCCCUGGAGCAGCAGCGGCAGCAGCAGUUAAAUUGAUCUGCUUCAACACCCCAGACGGGAAAUAAGUGCAUAAACGUUUCAAUUACCCUAACCCCCCGACCACCUUCAAAGGUACGAACAUACAGCUACAUACUGGGUAUAACAAAACAAAAAAACAACAACAAUAAUAGUGGCCCCCGUUUACGCAAUACGACCCAAAUAACAACAAAAACAACUGGCAAGAAGUGCUCGUAAAUUUGUUCUAUUCUUAAAGUGAGCCAAGUUCAAAUUAUUGUUUAUUCAAAAUUUCCGACGUGCGCAGCGUCUGCGGUAAAGAACAGCGAGUGAAUAAUAGCGGAGACAAAUAAAUGAAAUAAUAAAUAAAUAAAGUCUCGAUUUAAGUGCCAGCUAAUGAAUUGUCAGUGAGCGGGCGGGCGAGCGAGUGAGUGUUGGAUAUCACUUUCAGUGUGAGGAAACAAAGACCUUUCGCUAGUUCCAAUUAAAAUAUAAACAAAACACGACCAGCAACGCUGCUUUCAUUGUGCUGUCGAGGUUGUCGCCUUAGCGCGUUCGUUAAUGUCAAAAGAUAAAUAAAGUGAUAAUACGCCUGUCGUGUCUUGAAAAAAUAAGUGUCAAACGAAGAGUGGAAAAAUUAUGUUAAAUAUUUACUUAGUUUUGCACAUUACAACAACAACACCGCUAAUACGCUGAGCAAAGAAUUUUGCACCAGCUCAAGGAUACAAUCACCUCCAGUUAAAAAAGGAAAGAAAGAAGCUGCUAGAUAGUCCACACCUUCGAACGGACAACUUACUAUUGCGUCGAAUAAAAUGGAUAUUGAAUCUGAUGAUUCGGAGCGUUGGGAAGAUUUCUUUGGCAGUUCCACAGACUUGGCCCCCUCCCUUUUGUGCAUUUACGAUAAACUAACCACGGUGCUAGACAACACCGCGUCAGCAGCAUCAGCCAAACAACAAUCCACACCUAACAAAUGCUCAAAAUCCGACUGUGAUAAUCUCAACAAUUCGAGUUUGCAAAUUAAAGAACAGCUUCCGACAGCAUCGGAAUCUUAUCUUAGCAAACUCCAGAGCUAUGCCAAGAGGGCUGAACUGAAGGCUGCCAGUCAGGUGGACACCUGUGAUAAUAUCUCGCAAAUCUCUCGCACGCCUUCGAAUAGCGGCAGUAGCAACAGCAGUGUCAGGGGAUCUCUAGAGUCGGUGGCAUCGACGAGUAGCACGCUCAGUAAACAUCGCUCUAAUAUACGCGUGCUAUCGCCAAAUGUUCAGCGCAUCAUCACUCAUUCGGAUGCGGAAGCAGUCGAAGCUGUGGACAUUGAGGCAUUGCAGAGCACUGCCAAGUUGGAUACUCACACUCAGCAACGUCUAUAUAAGAAGACAUCGACACCCCACUCUACACCACACAAAUUAAAAUUUUCCCAUCUGCCUUUGUCGAAAACCACGGGGAAGUUGACCCAGACCGGUACAGAUUUAGUCGAAACCUACAACGGCAGUGGUUUAAACGACGACGACAUUGAGGCAGUUCGAAGACCCGAAAUCAAUGCGAAUUGCCUAAGAAAACCACCAACACCUGCUAUUUAUCCCAUUCCCGGGGUAGAUGACGAGCGGACACCCACAAACGCUUCGCCAUUUGUGUUCGACUCCACGCACGGAGAAGGACUGCAUAGCAGUCGUAAGUUAAGUUUGCCUCAAAGGCGUUAUGAAGAAGAGUUUCUGGCCGAUGAGUCCACCCUCGAUGAGAUAGUCUCCAACAUGUCUUUGGAGUACAUCGGCGUAGAAGACCACACAACAGAGACAAACACUAGCGCAGGUAUUGGAGCGGAAAUUCAAACAAAUCUCAAUUUUACUAAUGCCAGUGACGAGCCAGCCGAUCCGGAAAGUAUUCAACUUGUCGAUGCCAUUAACACACCGCUGAUCUCAAAAUAUACAACUCGUAACGCCACAACACGCCCUCUAACCUAUGCCCGUUCCAAGAGUUUGGCUGCCCGCGAUUUUGCCCAAAAGAAUAUUGAAGUGAAGAAAACGGCUUCGCGAUCAAUGCUUCUGCCCGAUCUGGAGCCUGACGAAAGUCAAAUUUCAGCCGAGAGCUUAGAUCGUCUCUCCGACAUCAAGUCUAAGUUCUCUCCCAAGGAAUCAAGGAAAUUAUCAGGCCUCGUCUUGCCCGAUAUAGCCAAGCUAAAACAUCGACCACUCUCUUCCUCAUCGAUAUGUUCCACCACGUCUUCAAGUUCUAGCUCCAGCUCGGGAGCAGAACACAUAAAUGGCAAAUUCAAUACCUCCUACCUAGCAAGUGUGGAGAGUUUGGCCGAUCACAGUGAAAACGAAUUAACAGAAACGCAUUCCGGGAUGACGGUGUUCGAGAGAGCCUGUAUGGAAAUCAUCGACUCAGAGAGAAACUAUGUCAACGAUUUGGGAGAAAUUAUAAAUGGAUAUCUCUUGGAUUGGAAGGAGCGCGCCUGCUUGCGCCCAAAUGAACUACAGGUAUUAUUUUCGAAUAUUGAAGAUGUCUACCACUUCAAUCAGUAUUUGCUCAAACACCUAUCGGAUGCCAUUCUGAAUCCAGUUAAAAUUGCCAAGUGUUUUAUUGAUCUGAAAGAUGGCUUUGAUGUGUACACCACCUAUUGCACCAGCUAUCCCGAAGCCAUAUCCCUGCUUACCAAACUGCUACAGGCCACACAUACCAAUGCCUUGUUGGCAUCUACGCAACGAAUGCUGCACCAUACACUGCCCUUAGGAUCGUAUUUGCUCAAGCCAGUACAAAGGAUCCUCAAAUACCACCUGCUAUUGGAUAAUUUGAGGAAACAUUGCGACAUCAAGGAAGUGAUGCAGGCCUAUGAAAUAAUGCGUCAGGUGGCACGCAAUAUUGACCAAGUGAAGAGAAAGUUGGAACAACAGACCCGAGUAAAGGAGCUGUCUGGCAUUUUAGAUGGAUGGAUGGGACCAGAGCUUACUGUUUUGGGCGAACUACGUCUGGAGGGUGUACUUAUGGAAAAUAACAAGCCAAGAAAAGUUUUACUUUUCGCCACCAUGUUUAUAAUAGCCAAAGCCAAAGAGGACAAUCGAUUGCAAUUCAAAAGUUACAUACAUCAAAACAAUCUCAUGCUGAGCGAACACUUGGCCGGCGAACCCACAAGCUUUUAUGUAAUACCAUACGAUGAACCCCGCAACCAAAUCAAGUUAACAGCCAAAAAUCGUGACCAGAAACGCCUGUGGACACAACACAUUAAAAGUGUCAUACUCGAAAAGUUCGACAACAUUCCACUACGCGCCAAGGAACUGGUCUACCAAUUGGGCGACGAAGAAGAUCAUUCGGUCGACAAGAGUCCUUGGAAAUGGGGCCUACAUUCCACAUCUACUCCCACCUAUCUGGAACGUCGCAAUCAAUUUCGUCGCAGCGAAAUGCGCAACCGUUCGAAGGUGAAGAGGAAAACCAUUACAAAUGCCUCAUCCAUUGAAGUCUUCAAUGAGAGCGCCAACAAAGAGUCCCACAACUUCUUAAAGUCAAUUUCGAAGAGUGCCGAAAGUAUAAACGACAAAUCGCUGGCCUCCAUGGAGGCAGAAGCCGACGAUAUUGUGAGGUUACGUGAUGGCGUUUGUAAGAAUCCGAAAUGUGCUAAGAAUCACAAAUGCAUCUGCUCCUUUGCCGAAAUGAAUGGAACGAACGAAGCUAGGGCGAAAUCCGCCCGCCAUGCCAGCAAAUCAUUCCGAUUCGGUGGUGGAAAGCCUCUAAAAGAGCGUAGUAAAUCUGUUCCCCGUAUCAGCAUGGAAACGGGAAGUCUAGAAAAAAUUGACCCCGAUACGAAUAAGGACAAAUGCACGAAACCAACCGAUGCUGUAGUCACUAGCUGUAAAACAUUGCCGAAGCGCAUGUCAUCCACGCUCAGAAAACAGAAAUCCAAAGCCAAGGAGACGUCAACGUUCUACAUGGCUUUAAGUGAAUUUGAAGACACCAGCAAUACGGUAUUGAAGAUUACUGAAUCUUCAGAAAAUAUACUCAACAAUAGCGAUCAUAAGGAGUCGGAUAGUUCUAGAAUACAAAAACAACAGCAGCAACAACUACCGGAUGUUAUACAAAAGACUGAAGAAUCGUCCAAUGCUGUUGAAAUGAGUCCCUGUGAAACACAACUCGUGGCUCCUACCGACAAAGCAAAGCAGGAUGCCCAAAUAGUCUUAGAUCUUUUGAAGAACAGUAAAGAGUUCGAUAAACUUUGCUCCAAGUUGCAAAAGAAACGGUCGCUGGAAAAGAAUGGUCAUCUGUCGAAAGUUUGCGACGUAAAAUGGAAUAAGGAGGCAUUGGAGAUCCCACCUAGGCCUCCUUCUAGAUCACCGCCACCUUUAGAGACCGAAGUAGAUUGCCUCGAAUUCAAGUCAUUGGACCAGCAGGCACUAGAAGAGCCAAUCUAUGAAACACUUCUAAGGAAUGUCCAUGUACCAUAUAAAUUCUCACCUGUAAUGGCGAGAUCGAAAUCUGUGCAAUAUAACAACACCGCCACCAACAACACAGGUAACAAUUCAAAUCUUCAAAACAGCAGUCCCGAGAAAUCAAAAUCUCCACCACGCCCAGAAUCGGACUAUGUCACAUUAGUCUACACUGCCGACGGGGUACUAAAACAUGUUGAUGACGAUGAAAUUCCACCGCCCCUACCACCCAAGGAUACACUCUUGACAUCACCAACCUCUCCUUCGUCCUCCUCAUCGUCUACUGUAACCCUCAAAAGGGAUAGCAUUGAUUCUCAAAAUCUGGCAGAAAGUAGUCUCAAUGAAAUACCUCAGCAAAUGAGUGCCAGUUUCCACGGAACCUCGGAUUACAACCAGACCCGACCUCAUACAGCCAAAAGUAUUCUGAAACGACUUUGGAGUCACUCCACGUUGACGGUGCAAGAGAGCACAUCCAAUGCCGCCCUAUGUCGUUCUGUGAGCAGUCUGGAGCGCAGAGGCUCGGCCGAAUUCGAAAAGGAGCGACAUUCCAUUUUACAUUUGCCAGGUAGCGAAACCAUUGGGGAGCGGAUGGCCCAUGUUGACUAUGCAGACCCCCGCACAUUGUUCGCCAUGAUUAAAUGCGAUCAAAAUAAACACUUGCAACGUGAUUCCGUAUUCUCGCUGACCUCGUCUAAUGACAGUGUGUGCGAACCGAAACCAGCUACUGAUUGUAACUCCCAGUCCCGGUUCAACAAGGAAAGCUUUGCUUACGAAGACAGCGUUGAGGCCAGUUUGGAGACCGAUUUUCGAGACUCGGCUGUGUACAGUGAUGACAAUGAUCGAAGAAUUGAUAAAAAUCUUUCGCUUUCACUGCGAAUAACACAGAAUCCUCCCGUAAAACCGAAGCCUGCAAAUGUACCGCCCUCUCCUCUAGAAAAAUCACCCCUUAAGCGAUCGAUGUCGAUCAAAGAUCAAACAUUGCCCUUGGCCAAUAAUCGCGGACCCGGUGUGAUAAUGUGCCCGCCUGAUCUAAGUCCCUCUAGUACCCGAAGUUGGGUGCUUCAACAGAUCGAUAAUUUUAAUAAGUAAAUGUGAAUAGAUAUUUUAGAUUCUAGCUGCCAUACAAACAUACCUACAUAUAUAGAUCAUCAAAACGAACCACUUUACUCUGCAUGCAUCGCUUAGACUUACACUUUCAUAGAAUCAUUCAUUAUCCAAAGACUAUGGCUUGGAUCAGCACCAAAUGCCAUUAGAUUUACAAUAUUCAUAGUUUAGGAAGGCAAUCUUCAAGACAGCAUACACCCACAAAAAGGCAUUAAAAAUGGAAAUGUACACAUUUCAAAUCAUAAUUGUAAGUUUCAUAAUUAUUGCAAUGUUUAAAACAAAACAAAUAUUAAUUUAUUACAUUCUCUGCAUCAGCAAUAUAUUCCCCCUCUCUCUCUCUCUGUCCCUUCUAUUGCAAAUUGUAUUCAUAUUGUUUUUAUGUUAAUCUUUAAAAUAUAGCGAAUUUUGUAAUGUUAAUAAAAUAAAUACAAGAAAAUAAAAGCGUAAGUAAUACGAAAAAUUACACAAAAUAA